GAGACCCUCACUUGAAUGAUCAAAUUGGUACUUGUUGCACUGGGUUACAGGAUUGAACUGAGCAGCCUAGGCUGUUCUGCAGAAUAAGUGAUCUUGUUCCUGGAGUAUAAGAGUUUCUUCUAUGCUGUUCAUUUUGUUCUAAGUAUGUCUUGUUUGCUCAGCCCUGUGACUGCUGGCCUUGUAUAUCUGCUUCUCUUUCACCUUGUAACAAUUGUACUGAGCAUCCCUAAGAUUGAAUAGAAUUAUUGAAGGGAUUUUCUUUCUAGAAAGGUAAAUUGUAUUGAGGGUUCCUAAUUUGGUGAAUCAAACAAUGGAUAAUUGAACAUAAUCGGGAUAAGGCUUUUGAAGUUGGGCCCUUUAAGUUAUAUUUGUGAUUUGAGAAUGUCAUAAUUGAAUGCCCUUUAAUCUUGAUUAGACUCAAGCAUGAUCAAGGUCUUUAAGAGGAAUUUGCGACUUGCACAAAUCAUGUGUGCAAUUGGGUGGAGGCAGCUCAAGCUGGUAUGUCACAUCACAAUUCACAUGUCACACAAAUCCCAUUCCCAUGUAUUAGGCAUGUGGAAUUUGCAACUGGCAACCAACAUAUAUUCUUGAAUAGAGGACUUUAUUAUGCAAAAAGCUGAACUACAUUAAGAAAAUGGUUGAGGAAGGCUAUCCGUUCUCUUAGCAUAUGUUUGAUGUUUUAUAUGUUUAGGUAAACUGAAUUGGAUAGUGAUUGGUUGUAUGGCUUGUGUGUUUGUAUCUUAGACUUGUUUCAUUAUGUGUGUUGCUCUUUACAAUACAUUUUUAUGAUCCAGUUUAUUGACUUAUGGGGAUAAAUGCCCUUGUGGAUAUUUUGGGGUGUAAGAUAGGGAGCUUGCUUACGACUUAUUUAGGUAUGUUCCUUGGGGCUUCCUAUAAGUUGAUGUCAAUUUGGAAUCCCGUUUUGGAAAAGUUUGAAUGUUGGCUAGUGGGCUGGAAGAGUUUAUAUCUUUCAAAAGGAGGCUGGUUGAUCCUAUUGAAGAGUUCCCUUUAGAGUCUCCUAGUUUAUUAUUUAUCCUUUUUUACCAUUCCCAUGAGUGUGGCAGUCUGGCAGAUAGGAUAGAGAAGUCGAUAGAGAAAUUUUUGUGGGGAGGAUUGGGGGAUGAGUUCAAACAUCAUUUGGUUGGGGUGGGUGGUAUAGGGUAUGCACUCCUAUUGCUAAUGGUGGGGAUUAGGAAGCUUGCAACAUUCAAUCAGGCUCUCUUGGGGAAGUUGUUGUGGCGGUUUGGGAUUGAGGAAACACAUUUAUGGAGGCGUGUAGUCAUAUCAAAAUCCAGCGAGGAGUGGGGUGUUAAGAGUGCGAAACCGGUUCUAGGUAUCCAUGGAUGUGGUUUAUGGAAGAGCAUUAGGAUGGGAUGUCAGUUAUACACUUUGAGGUUGGUAUUGGUAACUGGAUUUGCUUUUGGCAUUUGGCAUGAUUGUUGGUGUGGUGACCAGUCGUUGAGAGUGGUUUUUCUAGUCUUGUAUGAUAAUUUCACAGAUAGGGAUGCUUCAAUGGCAUCCUUAUUGGUGAGGUCGUCUAUGGGGAAGAGGCAGGGUUGGCAUUUUAGAUUCUUGCAGGACUUCAAUGACUUGGAGUUGGACUUGGUAGCUUCUGUUCUCCAUCUUCUGGAAUCUCAUAUUCCCAUUACAGAGGAUGGUGACAAAGUGAAGUGGAGGUUGAAAAAGAAUGAGGAGUUUGAUAUUCGUUUCUUAUAUAAUGCUAAGGGGUUCUAA